GAGGACUUUCACAUACAAUAAUGGCUUCCGCUGGCAGAGUCUUGCUCUUCCUCCUCUCCAUCCCCCUCUCCCCCUCCUUCGUCUCGCCAGCCUCAUCUCAGCAUGAGCACCCGCUUGAUCCGUUGACGCCUGCGGAAUUCUCUCUGAUUCGACGUGCGGUGAUGAGAUCGUAUGGGGCAUCGAUUGAAAACGUAACGUUCCAAUACGUGGGUCUCGACGAGCCAGAUAAACCGCUCAUUUACUCAUGGAUGUCGAACCAAGCCGAUAAGAUACCCCCUCGCCGCCGAGCCGCCGUGGUCUUGCGGUUCCACGGGCAAACUCAUGAGCUCACUGUGGACUUAUCGAACCAUCGACCAUCAAUCGUCUCGAAGGAGGUGUACCAUGGACACGGCUUCCCUAUGCUCACGCUAGAGGAGCAAACAGCUGCGACCGAUCUGCCUCGGACCCAUGACCAAUUCAUACGAUCCAUCGAGAAGAGAGGCCUCGACAUGUCCAGCAUUGUGUGCUCAUGUUACUCGGUCGGUUGGUACGGAGAGCAGAGUAGCAGGAGGGUCGUGAAGGUCCUUGCUUACUACACAAAUGGCACGGUCAACUUCUACAUGAGACCCAUCGAAGGCAUAGUCAUGGUGGUCGAUCUGGAUUUGAUGAAGAUAGUGAAGUAUCACGACCGGUUCACGACGACCAUGCCGACAGCGGAGGACACCGAGUACCGUCUUGAGAAGCAAAAGCCUCCCUUCGGGCCGCAUCUGAAGGGCGCGGCCAUCGUGCAACCUCAUGGACCGGGCUUCGAGAUCAAGGGACAUACCAUCAGCUGGGCCAAUUGGAAGUUCCAUCUAGGGUUUGACGUCCGAGUCGGUCCGAUCAUCUCGCUAGCAUCGAUCUACGAUCUGGAGAAGGGUAAACAUCGACAAGUACUAUAUAGAGCCUACGUGUCCGAGGUCUUCGUGCCCUAUAUGGACCCAACCGAAGAGUGGUACUACAAGACCUAUUUCGACUGCGGAGAGUUUGGGUUCGGACUGUCCGCGGUGUCACUCCAGCCGGGGGCAGACUGCCCCGAUAACGCGGUAUUCAUGGACGGAUUCUAUGCGGGCCAAGAUGGUACCCCUGUAAAGAUAUCGAACGUGACUUGCGUGUUUGAAAAGUAUGCAGGAAACAUCAUGUGGCGUCACACUGAGACUGGAAUUCCGGAUGAGACUAUAAGAGAGGUCAGAUCCGACGUGAGCCUGGUGGUGAGGUCGGUGUCGACGGUUGGCAACUACGAUUACAUUCUUGAUUGGGAGUUCAAGCCAAGUGGAGCCAUCAAAUUCGAGGUCGGACUGACUGGACUACUAGAAAUCAAAGCAGUGAACUACACUCAUGCAAGUCAGAUAAAAGAGGAUGAAUAUGGCACAAUGGUUGGAGAAAACACCAUCGCUACGCACCACGACCACUUCUUGACCUACCAUCUCGACCUCGACGUCGAUGGUGGUCCAAACUCCUUCAUCAAGACCAGUUUGAUCACAAAAGCAGUGGCCAACAGUAGCGUGCCGAGGAAGAGUUACUGGACUGUGUCGAGCAAGACGGCGAGAACUGAGUCAGAGGCGCAGCUGCACUUGGGAUUGGAGCCAUGUGAUCUCGUUGUGGUCAACCCCAACAAGCAAACCAAAGUCGGGAACAAUGUCGGGUACCGCCUCAUCCCGGGGCCGAUUGCCAGCCCCAUUCUGUUCCGUGAUGAUUACCCGCAGAUCCGCGCCGCUUUCACCAACAACAACUUGUGGGUGACUCCGUACAACAAGAGCGAAAAAUGGGCUGGAGGCCGAUACGUCGAUCAAAGCCGAGGGGAUGAUACUUUAGCUGUUUGGACCAAGAGGAACAGGAAAAUUGAGAAUGAGGACAUCGUGUUGUGGUACACGUUAGGCUUUCAUCACGUCCCUUACCAAGAGGAUUUCCCGAUAAUGCCGACACUGAGCGGCGGCUUCGAGCUCCGGCCAAGCAACUUCUUUGACAGAAACCCGGUGCUCAAAACAAAAUCCCCAAAACCUGUCAUUCCGAGCUGCAAGCCCUAGAGAUGAUCUUUCCUGGAAUUGGAGUGCUCCUAUCAGAGGGUCUUUAAAGAUUUUCAGAUUCAAUGUUUUAGCUCAUCCUCCUGGAUGAAGAAUGUCAUUGUAGCAUGUUGGCACAUGUACGAUCUAUUUGAAAGUCUGCUCUUCAGUUUU